AUUAUUAACCCUGGCGGCUGAUUGGCCGCCGGCCGGGUCAGCCAGAACCAUGUAGGGUGACUGGGUCUCAUUCUCAGUUCCGGUUCGGGGCGCAGCGGCAGGUAAACCUGGACUUCAUGUUUCUGUCGGAGCCUCUGAAUCCCAGAACCCGCUUUAGACGUAGGUUGGAAUAAAAACCAGAGGGCAAACGUGAAGCUCACCUGGAACUCACCUGUUGGUGACUGUUGCGCCCUGCCAGGCGCUCCUGAUGGCGCUCUCCCAGGUCACGCCCUCCCUGUUCCUGAGCGGGGCCGACGCGCCCCUGAACGGCGCCCUGAUGUCACAGAAAGGCAUCACGCUGAUAGUGAACGCCACGCUGAGCCACGCCCUCCCUUCCCACCCGGGCGUGGAGUGUCUGCGCGUCCCCGUCUGCGACCUGCCCUGCGAACCCCUCGGCCUGCACUUCGACCGCGUGGCCGAGCGUAUCCAUGGCAACCGCGCCGGAGGCACGCUGGUGCAUUGCGCAGCGGGGAGGAGCCGCUCGCCGGCGCUGGUCAUGGCGUACCUGAUGAGGUUCCGCGGCGCCACGCUGCGCCAGGCUCACCGCCGCGUCCUGGAGAGCCGGCCCUGCAUCCGCAUCAACGCCGGCUUCUGGGAGCAGCUGCUGCAGUACGAGAGGAGGCUGUACGGCCGCAACACGGUCCGGGUGGAGCCCGAGGGGGCGGGGCCUCUGUGGGCGGGGCCAGAGGGGCCGCGCCGGGCCGCUCCAUCUGUACUCAGAUCUCCUGUGAUGACGCGCUCUCAGGUGAUUAUGUCACCACAUAAAUUAAUAAGAGAAUCUACCGUGUCAUCAAAGAGCAACAGAAUAAUUUACAAACCGCUGUGAGUGUGUGGAGCUACAUUACCUGGACAGGUGUGGAGCAACUGGUGUUCACCUGGCCAGCAGCCUGGACCACCAGAACCAGUCUGGGGACAGGAAGUGAGUCUGUUCUGCUUGGUUUUGCUGUCAAUCAAUAAAUAAUUUCCAUCAGA